GCGGCACCAACAGGAGCCCAUUUGGAUUUUCUGUACGUCCAUGAUGUAUUGUUUUCUUCUGUUGGAGGAGGACCUUCGGCCUGCUCUAACACCUGUCUACUACUAAGUGGCCUUCGCCCUAAACCGCGUAGUUUGCAUAUUGACCGGACCCUGGUCUCCUCCAAUGGCGAGUCCCUCCACUAGAAUAGUAUAUCUGUCCCUGAUAAGCCCUGCGAGGAUCGUUUUUCUCCCGCAAGGAAGUGGAGAUGGUGAUGUAAGAGCGAUGGACGCAAACCGGUUCGAGAUAUGCUUGUCUUGGAUUUAUGAUUGACAUACACAUUACACGAAAUAGCCUUGUAUAUACCCAAGGCACACUAAUCCUCUCUUCAGACUAAAAUCAUCAAUCCAUCAAGCUUGAAGAUUAGUCCCCGCUUAUUGGUACAUCUUAAGACUAUGAAUGUUAACAUGUACAUGUGCACAUUCGUUCCUAGUGCGAUGUGACUACAGCUACGUACUCUCAAUGUGCUCAAAAACUUUGAUGAUCUGUUUGCAAAUGCAGAUCUCCACUUUGGUAAGUAGAAAUAUAUAUCUUGUUACCCUCCGUCUUCCAAAUUUUUCAUUUUACUUCAUCG